CUUUUGUAAUGCUAUUAUCAUGUCCACCGAAACCAUAACAAAACGCCUGCACAUAUCUGGUCUCACAACACCCGCCAUCACACCCGCUGACCUUGCAAAGCGACUCGGCGCCUUUGGAAGAGUAAUCUCGCUCGACGGCUUUGGAAAACUCGAUGCACUAGGCCAACCGAGGCCUUUCGGCUAUGCGACGAUCGAAGGUCACAAAACAGACUUGGCGAGGUGCGUAAAUGUGCUCAGUGGAACAGUAUGGAAAGGCGCCAAACUCCGUAUUGGAGAUGCAAAACCUGAUUUUCGUGAACGACUUGCCUCCGUUCCCUCUCCACCACACAAAAAACGGCGUGCAAAUUCCAAGGUAGGCACCCAUGCGCCUGAUAUGUCACUCGUCACGCCCGAGACAGCACAUACCCGAGGGGGAUGGAGAGUCACCGAGAUGGGACGUGUGGUGAGAAUCAUGCGGAUGAGGCCUGAAAAACCGUUGGAGCCGCCCCGGGUACUUACCAGUGCAGGGAACAAGUACGACAAGGAUGGGAAACUUGUGACCGGGAAACGCAAAAAACGCGUCAAACUUCCCCCCACGCGCACACGCCGUCGGACGAUCGAUCCAACGCGCUGGGACUCAACACAUCUGAAGGGUAUCUGGUUGGAUGCUGAGGUAGCCGGCGCGGUGGAUCUUGCAGACCACGCCGGGGGGGCUGUAAUCCCGAGAAAAAGACGUGCUGAGGCGCCCGAGAAUAGUGACAAUGAACAAGACACCGAGAGUGCACCUAGUGAUGAUGAAGAUGAUGACCACGAGUCUUCAUCGCCGCCGGUCCCAAAAUCUACUGUUUCUCCCCUCCCACCACCAGAACUGCUAUCCUUUCCCACCGCUCGUUCACCCGAAACUGAAGCUGUGACUGAAGCAAUCCCCUCCCUCACGCAAGAAAAGCACACCUCUCUCGCAUUCCUUCGCUCCCUUUUUGGGGACGGGGACGAAGGAUGGGGUGGACAGGAGAGCUUGUCUGAUAUUGAAGAUGCGCGUCUUGGGAGUAAAGGUAAGGCGAGAGAGCCUCAGACUGGAACACGGAUUAAUGUGGACGAGGGCGAUAUCGAGAUCGAGGAAGUUCCACAUGCGAAAUACAAGGAUAUAAAUAUGGGAUCAGAUACAACAGUAUCUCCGCUCAACUCGCAAUCUCGCCCUACAUCUACGUCAAAGCCGUCCGCUCAGGAUCAGAAGCAAACAAACCUGAAAGAUCUGUUCGCACCGAGGGAGGAGGAAGCCGGAUUCUCAUUACUCGGUCAUCUUGACCUGGGCUUUGAAGAGGAAGACAUGCUCGGGAUUUCAGACCUUCCCCACCCCAGCCAACCACAUCACGCGCUACCUCCUCACGUAACCUCCGCUCCUCAUGAGCAGCCACAAGCGCACCCAACACUGGACUCGAGUUUCCCCUUCUUUUUCCCUCUCCCACCAACCCUCCGUUCGCGUUCCUCCAACACAAGAAAUACACCUCGAGAUAUAUUUUCCCUCUUCCCUCACGGGGGCAAAGAGAAAGACAAGAACGAGGAGCCCUUCUCCCGCACCCAAACUACCUCCGAAAUUCACUCCCAGUGGGAGGCUCAAAAAGGUGCGCUGACGAGGGAGUGGAAGGCUCGGUGGAGAGAGGCUUCGAAGGGGAAGAGAGGAAGGGACGAGUGAAUGUGUUGAACUCAGGGAAUUUGGAGUUAGAAGGUUCUUACUUCAAGAGCAUCCCUCUGGAGUCUGUAUUGCGGGCACCAUGAAAUUGUGUGCCGUGCCUUUCUUCAUCGCACAUGCCGAAAAUUUUGAUUGUUUAACUAGCCAUGAGAAUUGUUGUACUCCGCUUACGAAGACAGUGUAUCCUCAAUAUCACUUCGGUACUACUUGCAACCCAUUUACCCUAAUUCACCCU